AUGGCUGUUUUAAAUAGGGUUGUUCAGAGUUUAAUUAAAAGCGUUGAUAAGUUUAUUUUAUGUUGCUGUGGAAAAUGUUAUUCUGGUGCUAUACCUGUUUCUCCUAUUUGUACUAUAAGAAUUGAAAGAAUAGAUUAUCUUUUGGAUGAGGCAAUACCGUCAUGUUUAUGUGUUCGAGGAGUUAAUGAUGUGAUCUAUCGUGAAAUAAUGGAACCCAUUAAAUGUAUGGAGAAAUUAUGCAUUACUGGAAAGAGAUGGUUGAAUAUUUUUAAUGCUAGGAAAAAAUGUUAUGAUAAUAUUUUUCGUUUUCAGGAUUAUAUUAUUGAAAAUGGUUUAAAUAUUGAAAAUAGGCCAAAUUCUUCUAUAAGUUUUUUUAAAAAAAAAACAUUAUCUAUACUUCAUUAUAGGCGAUCAUGGCCUAAUAAUCAGAAAAAAGUAUAA